CCGUUUCUGGAGCAAACGCGCGUUUUCUUCCCCGACGCCGAGCGGCUGUGUUCGUGUUUACUCGGCUUCUGCUCGGGAUCGCUCGUGUCUGUUUCGCGCCGGCGCCGCGAUCCGUCGCUUCAUCCGCUCCAAAACAAAAAAACAAAAAACACGGAUAAUAACCGCGUGGGAAAAUAAAGACAGUACACGCACACGCGGGCUGACGCGUUUAAGAGCCGCGAUUCGUGUUAGAUCAGACGAGCAAGCGCUUAUUACUAGAGAGGACGUGUCGCUUUUCCACGCUCGAGGGUUUCUUCACUAAAGCGGAUUAAGGAAGAUAAACCAUUGCCAUUAAACACGGUUUUAUCAUCAUGCAAACUUAAAAAAAGAGAGUCAAUAUCAGCCGUGCCCGCGUGUUUGGCUCUGCGUGGCCUGGCUUAUCGGGUACCGCUAUGUUUUUUUUAUUAGAUAAUACAACUUCCGCUUGACGGGCGUUUCAGAAUAUCACCAUGGUAACCAAUUCCGCUGUCUCUGUCCGUGGGGCUCUUCUGGGCUCGUGAUGAUGGGGAAGUAUUUCUUCAGCGAGACGGACAUCAAGAGCGCGUGGGAUCAGGUGUUGACGGCCUUCUGGCAGAGAUACCCCAACCCAUACAGCGCUCAUGUUCUGACGGAGGACGUACUUUUCCGCGAGGUGACUCCGGAUAACCUCCUCCUGUCCCGGCGGCUCCUGACGAAGACCAAUCGUCUCCCUCGCUGGGCCGAGCGCGUCUUCCCGGGAAAUCUGUCGCGCUCGGUUUACAUCAUCGAGGACUCUGUGGUCGACCUCGGAAACAGGAGCCUCACGACGCUGACCUGGAACGUAAAUCACGCUAAACUCAUGCGUGUGGUGGAGCGCUGUGUGUUUGCGGGCGAGCAGGACCGGCCUGUUUGGACGCGGCUCACCAGAGAAGCCUGGAUCUCUUCAGGAGUCUUUGGCCUCUCCAGACCCAUCCAGGAGUUCGGCCUGGCCAGGUUCAAGAGUAAUCAGACGAAAGCCAUGAAGGGUUUGGAGCACGCACUGUCCAAUCUGAAAGCUCCGUCUGCGUGUCCCGAUUCUGCAGAGAAACACAAAAACCUGAACUCAACCUCCAAAACCCAGAAACCUCAGCAAUACAUCUGAUCAAAGAGUGAAUAUCAUGAGCAUAUCAGGUCACCCACAAAAAUAUGAAGCGUCUUUAGGAAUAUUACGGUUUAUUUUGAUGACAUUUACCAUGAAGUAUUUACAUCUAUCACUGUAGCAUUUGUUUUACGAUCUUUAAGAUGAAAAAAAAAAAACAACAAAAAAAAUUGCAAAACCAUUAAACAAUAAUACAGAAGAAAUUAUUACAAAUACAGAAUCUCUGUAGUUAUAAAGAAACUUUAAGUUUAAAAACACAAAAUUUAAUUCAUAUUGCAAUUCUGAGUUUAAAUCUUGCAAUACUUACUUAAUAUUGCAUUUAGUUUAUAUCUUUCCUGCUUAAAUCUCACAGCUCUGAGUUUAAAUCAUCUGCGUUUAAAUCUCACUUUUGCUACAGAAUUCAAAAUAAAAAGGCAAUUGCAACUUAAUUGUGAGUUUUCCCCUCAAAAUUGUGAGUUUUAUAUCUUUAAAAAAAACCUGCGAUAUAGAAAAAUAUACGAUUUUCUAUCCUCCAAUGAAAUGUGACCUGAAGAUGUUUUCAUGAGAUUCACUCAUAAAGCAGAAGUCACCCGGAGCCCUGCGAGUGACCUUAUUUCACGGCUGCUAAGUAAAGUAACGGUAAAGCUCAGGUAACGGUGAAAGAGAAGACUGUGGAGAUCAGGCUGUCCUGAAUUUGAUCAGAAAACUGUUUACAAUUGACCGUGUGUUUCAGACACACACACACACACACACACAUAUAUAUAAUUUGUAAUUAAAUGUUAGAUUUUCACCAGUGGUCUCAGACUUUUGGACCCGACUGUAUUAGAAUUUAAAACCAUGAAAUAGGUUUAUGUUUUGUGAAAGCAGUUAAGAUCAAUCUCUUUCAGCUGUGCCUCUGAACUCUUAGUUAGUUUCUAAAUAAAUGCACCACGUAAUCUUGAGAAAAUGUUUAAUUUAUGAAGCCGUUCUGUUGUAGCAUUUGUUUUGCUCUAUUCGUACUGUUUUUAACGGCAUUCCUUCACAGAUGCUUUAGUGUGGAAUGUAAGGUUUUAGAAUUAAAGUGUACUGUUGUCUUAUUUUUUGCGUUUUAAUCUAGCUUUUGCUCGAAAAGACGGGACAUGGAACCUUUAAAUAAAGAAACGAAUGACGAAA